GCUCCUCUCUCUUCGCCCGUUCGGGUGCCGGCGGCCGAGCCGCGCGCCCCAGCCCUUCCCGGGCGGCGCCGCAUUCCCAGUACGCGCCCAGGGACAGAGCUGAAAACAGUGAAAUCACGUUUCACAAUUAAAAAACUGUUAAGAAGACAAUAUGGGGACUCCUGGUUCUGGAAGGAAAAGGACGCCUGUAAAAGACCGAUUUUCUGCGGAAGAUGAAGCUUUGAGUAACAUCGCUAGAGAGGCAGAGGCAAGGCUGGCAGCCAAGCGGGCCGCUCGGGCAGAAGCGAGAGACAUACGCAUGAGGGAACUGGAGCGACAGCAGAAAGAGCCCUGUCAUUAUUCCUUUGACCGGAAGUGGGGACAGAUUCACAAGUGGCUGGAAGAUUCAGAAAGGGCCCGGUAUUCCCACCGGUCCAGCCUUCGGCGGCCUUCUCUGGGAGUUGAGGAUGCACUGUCCAUUCGAAGUCUUGGCAGCCACAGGAGCCCAUCGAAGGACAUAACUGGGACACACGGGAGCAGAGCCAGUACACCCAGAAGGAAAGACAUAAUGUAUGAUGCUCUCAAGGAUAGAUCAUCAAGACUUUCGUCAUCAAAUCAUUCUCACAGUCACUCUUACGGAGCGAAGAAGAGGUCUGCUGGUUCUCAUAAAGACCCACUGAGUGGCCUCUACUUUGACCAGAGAAACUAUAGCAGUCUUAGACACAGCAAACCCACCUCUGCCUACUACACUCGGUCCUCUUCGCUGUGUAGUGAGCCACUGGCGACCUCAGGGAGUACCAGGGCCUUUUUUGCCACAGAUCCUGGCGUGCCCAGAAGUGCCAGCCUGGUGUCAUUGUAUGACGGUGGAUUGUAUAACCCUUAUGGGUCUCGAACUCCGUCUGAAUACAGUUCUCACUCCUCAAGAACGAGUUCGGCCAGGAGCAGUCCUGUGUUUACCUGCGAUGACAGCGCAAGCAUUGGGUCUUCUGGUGGCGCCAGUCCCGGGCAAAGGGACAGUGUGGUUUCUGCCGCCGAUUAUUUUGGUCGCUCCAGUCGUAGGGGGAGUAUAGUCUCUGAGGUGGAUGACGUCAGCAUCCCAGAUCUGAGCAGCUUGGAUGAAAAAUCUGACAAACAAUAUGCUGAAAAUUACACAAGACCUUCAUCUCGGAAUUCUGCCUCAGCAACAACCCCUCUAAGUGGCAACUCAUCCAGACGGGGCAGCGGAGACACCAGCAGCUCAGUAGAUCCAGACGCCUCAUUAAGUGACUUGCGGGAGAUCUAUGACCUUAAGGACCAGAUACAGGAUGUAGAAGGGAGAUACAUGCAAGGGCUUAAAGAACUGAAGGAAUCUCUGUCUGAGGUAGAAGAAAAAUACAAGAAAGCCAUGGUUUCCAACGCACAGUUAGACAACGAGAAGAACAAUCUGAUCUACCAAGUGGACACCCUCAAGGAUGUUAUCGAAGAGCAGGAGGAGCAGAUGGCAGAGUUCUAUAGAGAAAACGAAGAAAAAUCGAAGGAGCUGGAGCGGCAGAAGCACACGUGCCGCGUGCUGCAGCACAAGAUGGACGAGCUGGCAGAAGGCCUUCGGCAGAGGGACGCGCUCAUCGAGGAGAAUCAGCGGAUGCAGCAGAAAAUAGACAACAUGACAAAGGAGGUGUUCGACCUCCAGGAGACCCUUCUUUGGAAAGAUAAAAACAUUAGGGCCCUAGAGAAACAGAAAGAAUACAUUGCCUGCCUUAGGAAUGAGCGAGAUACGCUCAGAGAGGAGCUGGCUGGCCGGAAGGAGACGGUGAACACAGGAGAGAAGCACGGCUUGGUCAUAAUCCCCGACGGCACCCCCAAUGGUGAAGUCCAUCACGAGCCAGCAUCAGGAGCCAUCGCUGUGGUGUCCCAGGAGGCCGCUCAGGUCUUGGAGUCUGCGGGAGAAGGGCCGCUGGAUGUCAGGCUACGAAAACUUGCUGGAGAAAAGGAAGAGCUGCUGUCACAGAUCCGGAGGCUGAAGCUGCAGCUGGAAGAGGAGCGGCAGAAGGGCUCCCGGAGCGACAGCUCGGCGGCUGACCUGGCAGGGCUGCCCAACGGCCCGGACCUGCAGUUCAUCGAGAUGCAGAGAGAUGCCAAUAGACAAAUUAGCGAGUACAAAUUUAAGCUUUCAAAAGCAGAGCAGGAUAUAACCACGUUGGAACAAAAUGUCAGCCGCCUCGAGGGCCAGGUGCUGAGGUAUAAGAUGGCCGCAGAGAAUGCCGAGAAGGUAGAAGAUGAGCUGAAGGCAGAAAAGAGGAAGCUGCAGCGAGAGCUGCGAACGGCACUGGACAAGAUCGAGGAGAUGGAGAUGACCAACAGCCACCUGGCCAAGCGGCUGGAGAAGAUGAAGGCCAACAGGACGGCGCUACUGGCCCAGCAGUAGGCGGCCGCCCCCCCCCCGCCGGGCUCCCAGGUCCCGCCCACGGGGACCGACGCUCUGUCUGUUGAUGCCACCCCCCUCAGUACUGUUUGAGUUUUGUCGUUAAAGUAGUCACCUUUGUAUUUUAUAAUUUAUGAGAGAAUGAAAGGCUUUGAAUCUUCAUGAAUGAUCAC